GCGGGGAGAAUGUGUGUUGUCGGUACAGGUUGGUGUGUGGCGGUUUUUUAGCUUUCAGCGCAUCUUUUCUUAACCUUCUCCUCUGGCAGCACGGCGUCGGGGAUAUAUACGCGGUGGCACCUGGUAACAAAUGGAUGGAAACGCAAUUUCAAAGUGGCGCCGGACUCGUUGCACAGCAGCUCCCAUGUUAUUCUGUCGGUUUCUUCUGCUCUCGCUGAAGCUCUUGGCUGUGACAGGUAGGACGGCGGCGCAGGGCUUUGACAGUUCAGUGCUGUCGUACGCCCUCAGGUCGGAACUUUCGGAGGAUACAAUUCUGGUGGCAAACAAUGGAAUACGGGUCCCGUUCGGAAGAUCUGUCUACAUCGAUCCCAUCAACGACUUGGUCAUUCAGGUGCAGCCGGGAGACAGGUGCAGUAUAACCGUCCUGGAUAACGAUCCGCUGUCACAGAGACCCGGACACCUGUCCCCGAAAAAGUUUCCGUGUGAAUUCGGUCCCAACGAUGUGAAGUACUCACACUUCGGGUCGAGGAGCCCUUCAAAGGACAGGGUAAGGUUACAGCUCAGGUAUGACACCCAGACCGAUACCAUUAUUAUCCCGUUUAUGAUAGAGGUUGAGGUCAUUUUCACCCAGUUGGAGGUGUUAGUCAGAAACAUGCCUCUCACUGUAGAAAAACUGCUGGGAGUCAGUAACCCUAUCGACGGAAAGAUCCUCGAGUUCACUUUUGACAGAAACUCGCAGCAGUGCAAGGUGUCGUUGUUAGCCAGCGCCAGCGCGUUGCCCAGGUACGGAAAACUUGUUGGUAAGGGCAAACUGGGGAAAAUGAUGGAUUGCCAUGAGUUCAUUAGGUCGGAUAUACGCUACCAGCACACGUUCAGUCACAGGUCUCCAAACAGGGAUUAUAUUCCAAUGAUGGUGGAAUUACAGGACAGGGAGGGAAACCUCAUCAAGCAGGAGUUUUUUCAGAUAAUGGUGCGGAUACGAGAGGGGGAGGAAAACACUGCACCCAAGCCCAGCUUUGUAGCCAUGAUGAUGAUGGAGGUGGACCAGUUUGUCAUGACAGCAAUAACGCCUGAUAUGCUUGCUGCAGAGGACACCGAGUCGAAUCCAGAUGACUUGAUCUUUAAUAUCACUUCCCCGCUUUCCAUCGACGAGGGCUACAUCGUGAGCACUGACGAUCAGAAUUUACCAAUAACAUCUUUCUAUCAAGGUGAUCUUAAAGAUCUUAAAAUUGCCUACAGGCCUCCAUCUGUAGACUCAGACACGGAGAGGAUUUUUCAGAUUGAGUUUGAGGUGGUGGACACCGAGGGAGCUGUUUCUGACACCUUUGCUUUCAUGAUUGUGGUCAAGCCCAUGAACACCUUGGCCCCAGUAGUGACCCGAAACACAGGCCAGCUUUUGUAUGAAGGUCAAUCCAGGCCGCUGUUCAGCUCACGAAACCUGGAAAUCAGUGACGAGGACAAUCUGGACGAUGUCCGUGUCACAGUUGUUGAUGGACUACAGCAUGGAGAACUUACUGUUCUGGGCACCAAGAAGAAGUUCUUCACACCAGGAGACCUCAGUCGUGGCACUGUCAUCUAUCAGCACGAUGGCAGCGAUACAUAUAGCGACAACAUCAUUUUCAGAAUGACGGAUGGCAGGCAUGAAGUGGAAUUCCUCUUUCCUAUCACAGUUGUGCCAACUGAUGAUGAGCCACCUAUAAUUAACGCCAACACUGGACUGGUGCUUUUCAAGAACCAAAUGAUGCCUAUCUCUCCAUUGAUGCUUAGUGCUGCAGACAUUGACUCAGAAGAUUCAACCAUCAAGUUCACUAUCAUGCCCCCAUUAUCCAACAUUGGUGAGGUACUGUUGCGACAGUCAGAGGCUCCUGAGGAUCCCUCUUCGUGGAAGUUCAAUGGAGCUGACCAGAUGUAUGAGAAGGUGGUGACAGAGUGGCUGCAGCAGGACAUUACAGAUGGGAAGCUAUUCUACAGACAUCUGGGGCCCCACAGUACCGAGACAGUGAUGGACCAAUUUGUGUUCCACGUUCAAGAUGACAAUGACCCACCAAACCAGUCAGAGGAAAGCACCUUCAUUAUCAAGGUCCUUCCAAUUGAUGAUAUUCCACCUGAGCUCUACCCUGGAACAACCUUGAAAAUGAUGGUACAUGAGUACCAGUUAACCCAUUUGCAUAAAAAGUUAUUGCGGUACACUGAUCUGGAUUCUGAAGACAGAGAUUUAAAAUACACAGUUCUACAGCCACCCAGAGAUACAGAUGAGAAUAGCCCUGUUUUACUGGGAUCUGUUGUUCUAACAGAGAGCCCUGACACUGAGGUGACUGAAUUCACACAGGCACAAAUAAACCAUCAUAAAAUUGCAUAUAGGCCUCCUGAUCUGGAACUGGGAAUCACAGCCCGUAUAGUGCAGUUCCAUUACACUGUUGAAGACACAGCUGGAAAUACAGUUGCUGGAGUGUUCUCAAUUUUUUUGCAACCUGUUGACAACAACCCCCCUCAGAUUACCAACACUGGUUUUUCUGUCUAUGAGCGGGGGUCACACGUUAUCACAAAUGCUGAGCUGUAUACUACAGAUGCUGAUACAGACAGCAGCCAAAUUACAUUCACUCUCAGUCAACCUCCACUCCACGGUCAGGUCCAGUACAAGUUUACCGACUUGACCACAGGUGAUGCCUUUAAGCUUGAGGAUGUUUCAAAUGGCAGGAUAUCCUACAUUCACAAUGGGGAUGAGUCCACAAGAGAUUCAUUCCAGCUAGAUGUCAGCGAUGGUGUUCAUGUGGUGACUAUCACGGUCAAGGUGACUGUUAAACCCGUAGAUGAUGAAGCACCAACCUUAAGCCUGCCACCUGGAACCAUUGGUUCCCACAUAGAUGUGUUGGAAAAUGGUGCCACAGAGAUCACACCCAGUGUUAUCCAAGGAAAAGAUGAGGACACUGAUGACCUCAGGUUAACCUUCAUUGUGGAAGAUGCCCCAAUUUUUGGGGAGAUCCUGCUAAGUGGAACACCCUCUAAGAGAUUUACGCAGGCUGAUAUCAUUAAUGGAUUUGUAAUUUAUGCCCACACCAGUGGUGAGAUUGGCCUUAGCACAAAGGAGGACUACUUCAAUCUCACGCUCACUGAUAUGUCAGAUGACUGGACAGUGGGAGGAAAUAAAGUGAAUGGGGUUCGAGUACAGGUCACCAUACUCCCGGUGGACAACCAGGUCCCUGAGGUCACAGUUGGACCGAUGUUCAGUGUGGUUGAAGGUGAAAAAAAUGUAAUUGAAGGCCACCAGAUUAUUGCCAAAGAUGCUGACACACCCAUCAAUGAUCUUCUUUGCACAAUCAUUGUCCAGCCCACAUUUGGUUAUGUGGAGAACAUCUCACCUGCUCCUGGUUCAGAGAAAUCCAGGUCCGGAACAGCUAUCAGUGCAUUUACAAUUAAAGACAUCAGGCAAGGUCACAUCUACUAUGUGCAAAGCAUUCACCAAGCAGUCGAGCCUGUCGAAGACAGGUUUGCUUUUAGGUGCACAGAUGGGAUAAAUUUCUCUGACCGCCAUUUUUUCCCCAUCGUCAUCAUACCCUCCAAUGACGAAAAGCCUGAGAUGUACAUGAGAGAGUUUGUUGUGAUGGAAGGCAUGAAUGUUCUUAUUGACACACCUAUUCUCAAUGGUGCAGAUGCUGAUGUCCCUCCCAAUGAAUUGACAUUCAUCAUUACUAAACCUCCUAAACAUGGCUUUAUCAUUAACCAGUUGGCCACUGGUUCUGUAUCUGUCACUAAUUUCACCCUUGACCAAAUAAGUGAGGCCUCAAGUAUAAUUUAUGAGCAUGACGACUCAGAGACCUCAGAGGACAGUUUUGACAUCAUUCUCACAGAUGGGAAGUUCACAGUGGAGAAAACGGUCAUUGUCAUGAUCAUUCCAGUAGAUGACGAAACUCCCAGGAUGGCAAUCAAUGAUGGCCUGGAAGCUGAGAUUGGGGAAACAAAAAUAAUUAACAACAAAGUAUUAAAGGCAACAGAUCUGGACUCUGACGACAGCACUCUCACUUAUAUAAUUCGCUUUGGACCUGGACAAGGCUUCUUGCAAAAGAAAACUCCUUUUGGAUUGCUAGAGAACAUCACUGUUGGUAUGAAUUUCACACAAAGAGAGGUGGAUCAGAACCUUAUUGUGUACACUCAUAAUGGUCAAGAGGGCAUCCGGGAUCUUGUCAAGUUUGACGUGACUGAUGGGACCAACCCGCUCAUAGACCGGUACUUUUACAUCACAAUCAGCAGCAUAGACAUGGUGUUCCCUGACGUGGUGAGCAAAGGUGUUUCCCUCAGAGAAGGUGGGAGAGUGACACUCACUACAGAUCUGCUCAGCACCAGCGAUCUAAACAGUCCAGAUGAAAACCUGGUCUUCACCAUAACCAGAGCACCUGUGCGUGGGCACCUGGAGUGCACAGACACACCUGGUAUGCCCAUUGUGUCAUUCACUCAGCUACAGCUGGCAGGGAGCAAGAUCUACUACAUCCACACUUCAGAUGAUGAGGUCAAAAUGGAUAGUUUUGAGUUUGAGGUUACAGACGGGUACAAUCCAGUUUUCCGCACAUUUCGAGUGUCCAUUGUAGAUGUUGACAACAAGAAGCCUGUCCUCACAGUGCAUGGGUUGACGGUGAUUGAGGGGGAAAACAAACUGAUCACACCCUUUGAGUUGACUGUGGAGGAUCAGGAUACAGCAGACCACCUACUGAGGUUCACCAUCACACAGGUGCCCAUCCAUGGUCGGCUGAUGUUCAACAACACCCGUUCUGUCACUUCCUUUACUAAGCAUGACCUUGAUGAGAACAUGAUCAGCUACAAACAUGAUGGCACAGAAUCCACCGAGGACAGUUUCUCCUUCACUGUCACAGAUGGCACCCAUACUGACUUUUAUGUGUUUCCUGACACCGUAUUUGAGACAAGAAAGCCGCAGGUGAUGAAGAUCACCAUUUUGUCUGUGGACAACGGCAUCCCGCAAAUAGUGGUCAACAAGGCUGCCCCAACCUUGAGGGUUCUGUCAACGGGACAUCUGGGGUUCAUUAUUACCAGCAAGUCGUUGAAGGCAGAAGACAGAGACAGCACACAGAAUUCUUUGAUUUUCAGGAUUACUGUGGGCCCAGAACAUGGCUACCUCAUCAACGUAGGGGAAGGCAAUGCCACCAUCACUUCAUUCACACAAGCUGAUGUGGAUGAUAUGAAGAUCUGCUAUGUGCUCCGGGGGCAGGAAAACGCUACGUCAGACACCUUCCACUUCUCCAUUGAGGAUGGAGGUGGUAACAAGCUGAAGAACCAGCAGUUCCGCUUGAACUGGGCCUGGAUCUCCCUGGAGAAGGAGUACUACAUGGUGGACGAGGGAACCAAGUUCCUGGAAGUGGCACUGAGGCGCAGAGGUUACCUAGGGGAGACGUCAUUUGUCAGUAUCAGCACCAAGGAUGGCACUGCCCAGCGGGAAAAGGACUUCAGGGGCAAGGCACAGAAACAAGUCCAGUUUAACCCUGGCCAAACGGUAGCCUCAUGGCGUGUACGGAUCCUACCGGAUGGAGAGUUUGAGCAGUCAGAAACCUUCCAGAUCGUCCUGUCAGAGCCUGUCAUGGGAGCUCUGGAAUUCCCAUCAGUGGCUAACGUUGAGAUUGUGGACCCUGGAGAUGAGUGCACAGUCUUCAUCCCUGAGUACAGCUAUGCCAUUCAGGAAGAUGUGGGUGAGCUGCUGGUACCAGUUCGUCGGAGUGGAGACAUCAGCCAAGAACUCAUGGUCAUCUGCUACACCCAACAAGGCACUGCUAAGGGCACAAUCCCCAGCACAGUGCUCUCGUACUCAGACUACAUCUCCCGUCCUGAGGAGCACACCAGUAUACUGCGCUUUGACAGGGGUGAGGCAGAGAAGCAGUGCCGUGUGGUCAUCAUUGAUGAUUCCCUCUAUGAAGAUGAAGAGAGCUUCAACGUCACACUCAGCAUGCCUAUGGGUGGGCGCCUGGGCCAGCAGUACCACACCUCUCGUGUCACUAUCCUGCCAGACCUGGAUGAUGCACCUGUCUUCUAUUUCGGAGACCUGGAGUACUUCGUGGAUGAAAGUGAUGGGUAUGUGGAGGUGCGUGUGUGGAGAACUGGGACUGACCUGUCUAAAGCAGCCACCAUCACCGUGAGGUCCCGGAAAACAGACCCCGUUUCUGCUGAAGCCGGCUCAGACUACGUGGGGAUCAGUCGAAACCUGGACUUUGCCCCAGGGGUCAACAUGCAGACAUUCCGUGUAACCAUCCUGGAUGACCUGGGCCACCCCGUACUGGAAGGAGUGGAGAGGUUCGAGCUGGUGCUCCGCAUGCCCAUGAACGCUAUCCUGGGAGAGCCUGCAAAGGCCAUCGUCUUCAUAAAUGACUCGAUUUCAGACUUGCCGAAGGUCCAGUUUCGGAGCCCUAUGUAUAUAGGGAACGAGCACGAAGGUCAAGUCUUGGCCAUGGUGUACCGCAGUGGCGACAUCAGCCACCGCUCCAGUGUGCGCUGUUAUACCCGCCAAGGCUCUGCUCAAGUCAUGAUGGACUUCGACGAGCGGCCUAACACAGAUGACUCCAUCAUCACAUUCCUCCCAGGGGAGGUGGAGAAGCCGUGUGUGCUGUUGCUGGCCGAUGACUCAAUCCACGAGGACGAUGAAGAGUUACGGUUGGUCUUGGGGAGUCCCAAGGGUGACUCCGCAUUCGGGGCAUCCAUCGGGGCACAGAAAGAGACCCUUGUCAAGAUAAAAGAUGACGCAGACAAGGCCAUCAUCAAGUUUGGCGAGACCAAAUUCAGCGUGAGUGAGCCAUGGGAGGCUGGCCAGGUGUCAGUGGUCCGGAUUCCAGUGCUGCGGAUGGGGGACACCUCCAAGGUGUCGCUGGUUCGAGUCCAUACUAAGGAUGGCUCUGCCAUCUCUGGAGAAGACUACCACCCUGUAUCUGAGGACAUCGAGUUCAAAGAGGGGGACACUCGGCAUGUGGUGCAGGUGGAGGUCCUGUUUGAUGGAGUGCGGGAGAUGAGGGAGGCCUUCACUGUCCACCUCAAGCCUGAUGAGAACAUGGUAGCAGAAACUCAGAUGAGCAAAGCCAUCGUCUAUAUUGAAGAGACCAACAGCAUGGCAGAUGUCACAUUCCCCUCUUUGCCAGAGGUGGUGUCCUUGAUAGACUAUGACCACCCAGGACGGAGCAAGGACCACCCCCAGCCUGUAGCUGGGUACCCCGUCGUCUGUGUUACGGCUUGUAACCAGAAAUACUCCGACUAUGACAAGACGGGGUCCAUCUGCGCCAGCGAGAACAUCAAUAACACGCUGACCAAGUAUCGCUGGCUGGUCAGCGCCCCAGCUGGACUUGACGGGGUCACCAGCCCCAUGCGUGAAGUGGACUUCGACACUUUUUUCACCUCCUCCAAGCUCAUCACCCUGGACUCUAUCUACUUCCAAGCUGGGUCACGGGUCCAGUGCGCCGCCCGUGCCGUCAACUCUGAUGGCAACGAAGGGCUGGAGCUCAGCAGCCCCAUUGUCACUAUCAGUGUUGAGGAAGGCAUGUGCCAGCCCCGCCGAGUGGGCACAGUGGGCGCAGAGCCCUUUUCCGCCAAGCUGCGCUACACAGGAGCCGAUGACCCCGAACACGCCAAUCUCAUCAAGCUGACUGUCACCAUGCCCCACAUCGACGGCAUGUUGCCCGUGGUGUCUACACGGCCACUGUCCAACUUCGAACUGACACUGAGUCCCGACGGCACACGGGUGGGCAACCACCGCUGCUCCAACCUGCUGGACCACCAUGAGGUGACCACCCGACACGGUUUCCUGACCAACCGCAUCAGUGCCGGUGGCCCCAUCGGGGAGACAGUGCCCUACCAGUACAGCACCGCCCUGCGGGGCUCUGGGGCACUGCGCUUCUACAGUAACCUGAACCUGGAGGCCUGCCUGUGGGAGUUUAUCAGCUACUAUGACAUGUCUGAACUGCUGACCGACUGUGGGGGCACCAUCGGCACUGACGGGCAGGUGCUGAACCUCGUCCAGUCAUACGUGACCCUGCGGGUCCCGCUGUACGUCUCCUACGUGUUCCACUCCCCAGUGGGCAUGGGCGGCUGGCAACACUUUGAUCUGCAGUCGGAGCUGCGCCUCACCUUCGUGUAUGACACCGCCAUCCUGUGGCGUGACGGCAUCGGCAGCCCUCCCCAAGCGGAGCUCCAAGGUGCCCUCUACCCAACCAGUAUGCGCAUCAACGAGCAGGGCCGCCUCGUGGUCAACUUCCGAACAGAAGCCCGCUUCCGAGGCCUCUUUGUCACAUCGCAUUCUGCCUCCCCUCUAUCUUCUGUGGUCAUGUGUGCUGACCACCCGGGGCUGACCUUUAACCUGAGUCUGGUGCGGAGCGAGCCCACGUACAACCAGCCCAUACAGCAGUGGACUUUCACCUCUGACUUUGCUGUGCGUGACUACUCAGGCACCUAUACAGUAAAGCUGGUCCCUUGUAUCGCCACUCCCUAUCUGGAGUACAAUUUCCCCCCCAUUUGCAGUCCCAGGGAGCCCAUCACCUUCGACCUGGACAUCCGCUUCCAGCAGGUGAGCGAUCCAGUAGCUGUGGAAUUCAGCCUGAACACACAGAUGUUCCUGCUGUCCAAGCGCAUGCUCUGGCUAUCAGAUGGGUCCAUGGGCUUCGGUCAGGAGAGCGACACGGCUUUCUCAGAGGGAGAUAUAAUUUAUGGUCGAGUGAUGGUGGACCCAGUGCAGAACCUAGGCAACUCCUUCACCUGUAACAUUGAGAAGGUCUUCCUGUGCACCGGGGCUGAUGGUUACAUCCCCAAAUACAACCCCACUAAGUUUGAGUAUGGCUGCCUGGCAGAUUCUCCCUCCCUGCUUUAUAGGUUCAAGAUCAUUGAUAAAGCUCAACCGGAGACACAGGCAAGGAGUUUUGGCAGCGUGGACUUCAACUCGCUCCUGGCUGUGGAUGAUCCUCAAGCACUUCCUCUUGUGAGGCAGCCAGGCUCCGAUGGGUUCCAAGUGGACUCCUCCCCUCUGUUCCAGGUGUCAUCAGGACGGGAGUGGUACAUCCAUGCUAUCUACACAGUGCGUUCCAAGGACAACGCCAACCGCGGCAUCGGGAAGAGGAGUCUAGAAUACCACUCGCUGGUCCCGGCUGUCGACCAGCCUGCUGACAUAAACCGUUCCAGAAGGUCAGCCCAAGUGGUACCAGAAGCAGCAGAAGGCAUUGGGGUGGAGAACAGCCGGGGCACGAACAUCAUGCACAUUGCACUAGACUACAGCCAUCGGCGGGCGAAAGAGGACAGGGAGCUCUUUGCCGAUGGCAUUGUGCCACGUGAGCUCGAUGGGAUGAACACGGAUGAUGGCUUUGUGACUCUGACUGUGGUAGGCAUCCUGGUGGGGCUGCUGCUCUUUAUCCUCAUUGUCAUCCUCAUCGUUGUGCUGUUGCGCUCCAGACAGAUGGAGAAGAAGGGGAAGCCAAAGGGCUCUGGGAGUCAGCAGCCCAUAAUGACUCAGGGCUGCAGCAUUACUGACAGCUCUGAGGUUUGACGAAUACUGGAGAACCUGGUGGCGGUUGGGAAAGUCUAGCAUUUAUUCUUUGGUUUUGUAAGGCAUACAGGGACAUGUGUCACAGCACCAGCUCAGAAGGCAUAGGGUCCUUCCAGCGCGUGCCUAAUUAUUUGCCUGAAAAACUUACUUGAAAAAACUGCCACAGAUCCUCCACUGCAAAUUGGGCAGCAAGGCAUGGCUGCCAUCCAGCGGUCCAGCAGGGGAAAAAGGUCCUUUGUGAAAAGAGGGAUAUACCUGUCAGUCAUUUUCUGUUUUACAGUGUUUGUCAUCCCCAGGCAGAAUGUUCUGAUUCAUCCAAAGGUGCUAGGGUUCUUCUUUUAUCGUCAUGUAAGGCGUAUCCAGUGAAUUAUAUAUGUUUCUUAAUUAUGCCAGAGUGGUGACAAAAUAUUUACAUUGCAAGUGCACACUGAACUUCUCAUGUAAGUACACAGUUUGUAACAUAAAGGUCAGGCUUUGUGUCCUUGUAGUCUACGAUUUCAAAUAAUUCUCAUUAGAGUGACCACUACAUGGAGAAACACUUGAUUUUUGUACUCUUGGUCUCUUCAACCAUUAUCUGCACUCAUUUCCUUUCUCCUUUUAUACCCUAAAUCAAGAGCAUGUUGUAAUAUGGCACAAAGUCCUGUUCUGAAUUCCUGCGUUUUGUCAGAUGCCUUAUUUAAGCCUUUCCUCAGAAGCGUUAAAACUAUUGUUCCCUCCUGUCCUAAUAUUAUGCACCACCAGCUGUCACACUUCCAAACACAAAUUUUUGCAUUGUGUCGUAUACCACUCUGCAUGAUCUUUUUAUAUUUUUAUUUUACUUUUUGUUUUUUUUUUUUUUUACAGGUUAUCAGAAGUAUAUCAGUAGCAGAGGUUUUUUCAAAAGUGAGAUACGAACAUGUCGAAACAUAUCAAAACGUUUUAUCAAACAAUUUUUCCACAUUUCUGUCAUAAGUCCCUACAUUUCCAUUAAGUGAGGGAGUUGCAUGUUGGCAGUCACGUCCUGUUGUUUUAUAAAUUUAAAGAAGCACCUGUUGUAAAUGGUGGUGGUACCUUUAGAGUAGCCAUGAUUUACUGUAAACUGGCCAAGUGGAUAGAAGCGACAGCUGAUCAGAAUAUUUCCUGACAGCCCUUUGUUGUUUAAUUUUUGUUAUUAGUCUUUAUUAUUGUAGUGUUUAUUAAUAAUCAUUGUAAAUCAACAGUUUACUCAUUUCUGAACUGACAGUAAUCUGAAUCUAGGGGGGAUUCCAGCUGGCCCCAUAAAAGUCUACAAGCCAGGCCACAAACUUUGGACAUCAUCAAAACAAUUAUUACAUAACAGUUUUGGUUUACCCAGUAGAGAUCUUAUUUCAUUUAGAGGGAUCUGGUUUCUCUGCAAACCAACACAGUAUCUUUGCAGGGCACUUUCAUAUUAAAGUAGAAGCUUUCUUGAGUUACUAGUGGGCUCAGGUUUCCCCACAACCUCACCUCUUAACUACUUUUUUAAAUUCAACAUUUUACCAUCUGAAAACAAACAUUAAAAAAAAAACUGCAGUGUAGUAAUGAGUUUUGUCACUCAACAUAGAAAUGGGAUAGGAUGUAGGAUGUCAACCUUGUAAAACACUUUGCACAAAGGCCAGUUUGACAUGUGCAGCCAAAUCAGAAUGCAGUCACAGGAGUAUGUUCACAGGAGUCCGUUCGCGAGCCAUUCCGUACAAAGCAAAGUUUUUGAAGUGUUGCAUGCCAAAAAGAAGCUGAACAUUUCUCACCUCUUGUGAAUAUGAAUGCUAUGCAAUUUUAACGUAACAGUUUUAAGUCACAAGUCACUGUUUUUUUUUUUCCCCUGUUAUGCUAAGGCCUGAAAUAGAGGUCUUUGUCAUGUAUUAAGAAUUUCAAAACUGAAUUUCACCUAUAUAUGUCUGUGUAUUUAUGUAUAUAUACGUAUUAUGAAAUAAGUGUUUUGGGAAAUGGUCAGUGUUGAAUAUUGCCAGCGUACUGUAAGUAUCUGUAACAUAGACCUCUGAAGCACAAAAUUCAUGUCUGCAAAAUAAAGAUUUAUUUCACCAACAAACAACACAGAGCACAUACUUCUAUCUGACAUUGUAUCCUUUUUUGGUG